CAUUGACUCCAGCCAAGUUAACGAACUCUCUCUGUUUUCCUCCCGAACCACCGCGCAGCAAACGCAAGAAGGAGAAAGAAAAAAUGCCUGGGGAAGAAGUUUUCAUUGGGUCCAUUGAUCAAGGCACAACCAGCACAAGAUUCAUCAUCUAUGACCGAUCAGCCAAACCUAUCGGAUCUCACCAAAUGGAGUUCACUCAGUUCUAUCCACAAGCAGGGUGGGUUGAACAUGAUCCCAAUGAGAUUCUUGAGAGCGUCAGAGUUUGUAUUAGCAAGGCGAUUGAUAAGGCGACUGCAGAAGGACAUAAUGUUGAUGGUGGAUUGAAAGCUAUUGGCCUUACUAAUCAGAGGGAAACCACUGUUGUUUGGAGCAAAUCCACUGGCAGACCGCUCUACAAUGCCGUUGUUUGGAUGGAUAUUCGUACCAGCCCUAUCUGCAGAAAAUUGGAGCAAGAGUUACCUGGGGGAAGAACUCACUUUGUCGACACAUGUGGCUUGCCGAUAAGCACUUAUUUUAGUGCUUUGAAGUUGUUGUGGUUGUUGGAAAAUGUUGAUGCUGUCAAGGAGGCUGUGAAAUCAGGGGAUGCCCUGUUCGGGACUAUAGAUACGUGGUUAAUUUGGAACUUAACAGGGGGGGUUGGAAAUGGUUUACAUGUCACUGAUAUUUCCAAUGCAUCGAGAACCAUGCUGAUGAAUCUGAAAACACUUGACUGGGAUAAGCCUACGUUGGAUGCAUUGGGAAUUCCGAGUGGUAUUUUACCAAAGAUCAUUAGUAACUCUGAGAUCAUUGGAAACAUCACUAAGGGAUGGCCGAUUACUGGGAUUCCUAUAGCAGGAUGUCUUGGUGAUCAACAUGCAGCAAUGUUGGGGCAAGCUUGUCGGAAGGGUGAGGCCAAAAGCACCUACGGUACGGGGGCUUUUAUACUUCUAAACACAGGAGAGGAAACGAUCAAGUCAAAUCAUGGGCUAUUGAGCACUUUGGCCUACAAGCUUGGGCCAAAAGCUCCCACCAACUAUGCUCUAGAAGGCUCCAUCGCUAUUGCUGGGGCGGCUGUUCAGUGGCUUAGGGAUAGUCUUGGCAUAAUUAGCAGCGCAAGUGAAAUUGAGGAGUUAGCCUCGAAGGUUGACUCGACUGGUGGAGUCUAUUUCGUGCCAGCAUUUAAUGGUUUGUUUGCUCCCUGGUGGCGUGAUGAUGCCCGAGGAGUUUGCAUUGGGAUCACACGGUUUACAAACAAGUCACAUAUUGCUCGGGCUGUUCUUGAGAGCAUGUGCUUUCAGGUGAAAGAUGUUUUGGAUUCCAUGCACAAAGAUGCUGGAGAUACCGGUGAGACUAAAAAUGAAAAGGGGGAGUUUUUACUUAGAGUGGACGGAGGUGCAACAGUGAACAAUCUUCUGAUGCAAAUUCAGGCGGACUUGCUGGGUAACCCUGUAGUGAGACCAGCUGACAUAGAAACAACUGCACUUGGAGCAGCUUAUGCGGCUGGAUUAGCCGUUGGCAUAUGGACAGAAGAUGAAAUAUUUUCUGCUGGGGAAAAGAUGAAGAAAGCGACUACCUUCCAACCAGUUCUAGAGGAAGGAUUGAGGAAGAAGAAAGUGGAAUCUUGGUGCAAAGCUGUUUCGCGAACUUUUGAUUUAGCUGAUUUAUCUCUGUAAUUAUCCCUCGCCUACAAUGUGACAUAUUCUCAACUUUCGGUUAUCUUUUCUUAUCGUCUUCGUUUCCCUCGUUAAUAAAGCUAUUUCGGAUGACUUCUUUGAUCUUC